AUGGCGCAGUUUCAUUGUCGCUGGCGUAACGUGUUGAUCUGUGUGUGCAGUCCAUGCAUCUGCCUGGCGCUGCUGUUCAUCUACGCCACUAUCAUGGUGUGUAUACGUAUGGGUAGCACAGCAUCGUCCUGGGCCGCAGAGAAAAAUCAUUUUGUGGCCUCAGGAACUUUUACAAACAACAGCUUUGCCCCUCUGCCUAAAACUUUCUGGGAGUUCCACUUGCAUGGGGAUGCCUUUUGGAACAAUCUCCAGCAGGUCACUGACCGGCAUUUUAACCCCAUCCUGCACCCCAACGACCACAAGAGGGGAUUAGGUAAAAGCACCUCUGAUGAGUCCCCACUGAGGCAAAGUUUCUCUGCGGUUAUCAACCUGGAUAGCACGAAGAGAAACUUUGAGAAGCUGCCACAGCAGAUACAAGAGUUUGUGAGCCACAUGCAAAAGAGGGACUACCCAACCAUCACGCAGCCUGAUGGAGUAUGUGGGGCUGGGGCAAAAGACGAGAAGGAGCCCCCUCUGCUUCUCCUGGCCAUCAAAACAACAGAGCUGAACUUUAAGAACCGACAGGCCAUUCGACAGACCUGGGGCCAGGUGGGCUGGGUGGCAGGACAGAAGACGAACAGUAGCAGAGGAGAGGAAGGCGGAGGAUAUGUCCGCAGGGUAUUCCUGCUAGGCAAAGAAAACACGGAGGAGCUGGGUGUAGAUUUAUCUGAUUUAGUGCAGCUAGAGAGUAAACGUUAUGGAGACAUUAUACAGUGGGACUUCAAAGACACAUUUUACAACCUCACCUUGAAGGACGUGCUCUUCUGGAGCUGGUUCUCACGUUCCUGCGGCCGGACUCGCUUCGUCUUUAAGGGAGACGACGAUGUCUUUGUCAACACCCCAAAAAUGAUAACCUACCUCCAGGAGCAGCUGAAGAAGCCGAAAGCAUACAAGACCAUGAAAGACUUCAUGGUUGGAGAUGUCAUAGGUGCAGCCAUGCCCAACCGAGUCAAUAAGUCCAAGUACUUUGUCCCUGACAGCUUCUACAAGGGCUUCUAUCCUACAUAUGCAGGCGGGGGAGGGGUGGUGUACUCAGGCCAGCUGACCAAACGCCUGCACAACAUGUCUAAAAAAGUUCACCUGUUCCCCAUUGAUGACGUUUACGUAGGUAUGUGUAUGAUUCGGCUCAAAGUGCACCCCGUUCACCACCCUGCCUUCCUCACGUUUGACUUUCCUGGAAAGGAAGAGCAGGAGCUGUGUUCGUACCACAGGAUCCUAUUGGUCCACAAACGAAGCCCCCACCAGGUAGUUAAACUGUGGGACCACAUGAAUAAGACACAGACCCAGUGUUGGGACGUGCCUCUGAAGACCGUUGGCGAGAGCAAAAAUAAGCCAAAAACUCUAUGAUGUUAAAGACAACGACUCUAAACAUUUCCUGUUAAGAGUUACGAAGAGGCGACAGUAUGUUAACUUAUGUCUGUUUUACUUCAGGUAUCCAUGUUCUGGGGUUAGGUUUUAUAAUUUAAUUACAACUAAACAUUAAAAUUUUCAAAGGAUUAAGCUAGUGUUUUUUGCAUGUGAUAAUCCAUUUGCUACAGACACCCUUUUCACAAUUUUUUCCUUUUAAAUGUAUUUUUCCAGCCAACAAAAAUGUAACAGUAGCAUGGCGAAGAGUCAUAAAGUCAGUGAAAUAUCUUAGUAAUGUGAGUCGUGCAAGAAUAUUUUCCCACAGUUAGCUGACAUCAGCCACCCCUGCUAGUGGUCAUACCAGACCAGCUACGUCUGGAGUCGCACUUUAAGUGUUAAGAUUUAAGAGUUAUGUGCUUCAAGUUUUAAAAUAAUCAUAAUAAUAACACUGAAGGUUAGCUGUGUUAAAUGUAGUAAUUUUUAAGAUGACUGUGAAUUUAGUGGUUAAGUUGGUUUUGCAGUGUUGAAACUGGGAAGGUCUCCAUUCCGGCUCCGGUCGUUUUGAAGUAAAGAAUGUGGCUCCACUCCGGUUAAACUCGCUUUGGAAAACUGUCCA